UAUCCCAAAUGUGCACUCAACAACAGGGAAGUCACCUUCCUUGAGCCAAUAAUUCAACAGCAUCACCGCCAGGCGCCAUCCCUAUAAUCCAUGCUUUGAACCACCCUUCUUGCUUACUACACUACUACACUACGCCUCUCCCAGAAAGAAGUAGUUCUUCUUUCCGGGUUAUGAGAACAUGGAUCUUGAAGAGUGGGAACUCCUCCCCGACCAUGGAUUUCUCCAAAUCCAUGACGACGGAGGCAGAAAAAUUUUCUCCAGAAAAUAUGGGCGCCCCGAUCCAGAAAUUGAUUUCAACAUGAACUACUUCAUCUGCCCUUCUCCAACGUCCCAGAAAGUCGCUGAUUCCACGGAGAAAGUUCCGGUCCCGAUCCGAUUGGAACAGAGUAGUAGGGUUCCAAUCGAUCCUGGACCCGUGGAGCCUGAUCAGGACACAGUUUCGCAAGUUUUCUUCAAGAAAAUGAAGGAAAAUGAAUUUGUCGACAUGAAAAUGGACUCUCCCUCCCCCAAGUCCAGUAUUGGAUCGAAGAUGAAAAUUGAGAAAGAGACACUCAGCAGCAAGAAGAACAAAAUUGAUUUACCUGCAGAAGAGGCCGGCGGCGAAGAGAAAGGCGGUGGCCGGAACCUAUGGAAGUGGAGCAUGACUGGAAUCGGCGCAAUUUGCUCGUUCGGCGUCGCCGCCGCCACCAUUUGCAUCAUCGUCUUGGGAAGCCACCGGAGAAACCAGCAGCAGUGCCAACAGAACCAGAAGCUCCGAUUUCAGAUCUACGCCGAUGAAAAGAGGAUCAAGGAGGUGGUUCACCGUGCCACUAAAUUGAAUGAAGCAAUCUCAGCAGCCAGAGGUGUGCCCCUUACUAGAGCUCACAUCACAGUUGGAGGUCACUAUGAUGGGCUUUAGGGCUCUCAUCAGCUUACUAUCAGAAGAGAGAACCACCAGGAGGUGAAGUUUGGCAUUUACUAUUUAGAUGUAUUUUAUUAUGUUAAGUGGGAAUGUAGGGCAGAACCUUCAAUGUCACAACAACCAGUAGCCUGCUAUUAUGAUUGUCGUUUUAUGCAUAGUAUUGGGGAUUUCAUUUCUGAUUUUAAGAUAAAAAUGAUCACAUGUCUAUAAACUCAUUGCACUAUAUAUAUAUAUAUAUAUAUAGUAAUGUUCUGCUUAUUAA